AUGCCGACGAUCAACGGCGCAGUAGCCCAACUCAUGAGACUACCAGAAUAUCACCUCUACCAACUCUUCAGCACCCUGAGCUCUUGUGACUGUACCGAGAGAGGUUUGACGUUAGAGUUCAAUGCUUACAGCGUCCGAGAACAGGCUCAUUGGCUCAAAAAUUGGUUUAUCGGCUGUCCUGGAGAAUCGCAAAGGAUACCGGUACUCACCAUUGAUCCAGGCCACGACUGGCGAACGGUUGCAUUGGCUUCUGUUGUGAGGGCAAUAGCGACCUGCUUUCGGCCGAUACGUCUUAACAACGACAUGAAACUGCCCCUGGCCGAUGCAGUCACGAAGUUCGUAAUUCGCCGUUACUAUCGAAAUCGGUUCCAACCUUCAGACAUUGCGAGAUUGGUCAACGCUUGUCCUAGACUUGUGCAUCUUCAACUAGAGACGUGGGUGUACAGCGACGCGCAAGUUCAUCACGUUCCAGAACUCCAACAGCCGCCAAGAAUGUGGGUACCUCCCGAAUGCUCGGACCAGUCUUUUAUACUGAAGGGCACUACAGAUGACCUGAUCGCGAAUAUACACCCAACCACGCUGCGAACAUUGACGGUAUUUGAAGAUUUCUGCAAAGAACACUUGCUACUCGCUCCGCUAUUUCAUGGCCCCAGGUGCGUUUAUGUCCAGCAACAGCGUUGGGUAGACGAAAACAGUAAACAGUUCGCCGCGAGGAGCCUUAACCUCCAGCAUUUGUCGAUUUCCUUCAUGGUCGAGGCUGAAACCUUCUUCUCACAUUGUCAAUCAAGUUGGACGUGGAAAAAUCUCCAAACGAUUGUCCUUACAACCAGGCACUUCAACCGCCACUUUAAACCACAAGCGGUCUCGGUCUUGCUCCAAAACGCCGCACAGGUCGCGUUGCGUAUGCCGAGCCUCGAAAUCAUGGUGCUGUGGAGUGCGAGCAGGAAGCAUCAUGCCAGUUCGUUUACCUACCGCAGAACAAAAACAGUUGCCACAAUUGCUUGGUGCAGCACCGAGGACUUGGAGUUCGAUUGCUACACCGUGCAGGCCUGGGAAGAGGUUGCAAGGAAGCAUGGCCAUCCUUACAUGUGGUCAGAGAAGAGUAAACAGCUUGAAAGGGGGGAUAUUAUAUCUCACGGCCACGCGAUUUGGCUUUUGGAGUUAUCCACUCUAGUGAUCGAUCCAGAGUCCCGAGAGCAGAUUGAGAAAGAGUACGAGGUUGCCGGUCCCGGUAUCCACCAGACCCCCCUUGUAUUUCAUCGAUUAAACUAG